UCCAUUCAAUACGCAAUGAUAUCUGGGUGGAAAAUGUUGCAGCUGGGGCUGGUGUGCCUCCUCCUGUUGGUGGAACUGGCACUGGCCGUCGGUCCUACGGGGGUAGAUUUCAGAGCCUACAAUUACUGCGAUGAGAAACUUUGUCCCGAGGGAACGACACAUGUGGCCUGUAAGGCACGGGAGAAGACACUGGGCAAAAAAUGUUCGAUGGAUGCCGACAUAAUACCAAUCGAAGGCAAGCUACAGAGCAGUCUAGUAAACCGUAUUAAUGAGCUGAGGGAUAAGGUGGCCCAAGGGGGCUUUAGUGGCUUGACGGCGGCUGCUAAAAUGGCGACCAUGACUUGGGACCCGGAGCUGGCCUACCUCGCCGGCUUCAAUGUGCAGACGUGUGAUCCCCACCUCGAUAAGUGCCGGAAUACCCUGGUGUACAGCACCGUUGGCCAGUCGGUGGCCUAUCGCGGCCUCAGCUCUAAGCAUCGAGAGCUGGUUGAGAUCAUCCACAAUGCCAUUGGCUUGUGGUAUCGUGAGCACGAGGUCACCGCCAUGGAUGACAUCUUGAACUACAUUGGACCGCACUUUGGAAAACCGAGAGAGAACUUUGUUCAAAUGGUUGUCGACAAUUGCAAUCGUGUGGGCUGUGCCAUCGUCCAACAGACCAAGAACGGCUGGCUCCAGACCUUUCUCACUUGCAACUACGCUUUCGCCCCUGUGCUGGGUCAACCCGUUUACAACAGCAGCAAACGGGCCGGUGAUGCUUGCCAGUCCGGCCACAACCCCGUCUAUACGAAUCUCUGUUCUGUCGAUGAAGUGUACAUGAGGAAUGGGGUAUCGACCAUAGUCGAUGUGCGAGAGCUAAAUCGUUUGAUCCCUAACCGAAGACCACGAACCGAAGAAGAAAAUGUGACAGAAAGGUUGCAAUGGUAUACUACUACAUUAAAUCCUCCAAAUUCCUCCAGUGCAGCAUCAGCUGGCGAAGAAGCGCCACCAUCAGCUGCUGGUGAAGAAGUAGCGCCAGUAGUACGUCGCAGAUCUGGCAAGAUUCUUAAGCGUAAGAGUCCACUCCGGCAGAAAACCAAGGUUCAAAAGCGUACAAGUCCAACACUCAAGAAAACGAAGAUUCAAAAGCGUACAAGUCCACUCCGCCAGAAACCCAAGGUUCAACUAAGAUUGAUGCCCACAAUCGGACAUAAGGUAGGAUUAGCACGAAGAAGCAAAAUCCAACGCAGAGAAGGGGAAGCUGCAGCAGCAGUAGGAGCUGCAGAAGGAGCUGCAGAAGGAGCUGCAGAAGGAACAGCAGCAGAAGGUGCAGCAGCAGAAGGUCAGAAUCGAAUUACGCUGUUGAUGAUCCCCAAGGUGACUGCCACGGGCCGAUGGAUGGCCGGGACUCCCGGGAGACGUCUCUUCUCUCAUCCGGACCGUGCCGGCGCCAGGGUGUAG